AUGGCAUCUUUAUUAUUAAAGAACAACUUGGGGUUGAUGAAAUGGCCAUUCUCUCUUUGUAAUUUCUCACUGGAGCACCGAAUUUCAAGAAUAAAAGUUUCAUUAUGUUUGGUACAAAAAGUCAACCGAAAAAGUACAGGUAUAUUGUCUCAUGUCUCAAAUAGCUUCCAACAACAUUUUGCAAGUGAAAUGAGACCUCAUAGACCUGUUAUGUCAAAGGAAGUGAUAGAAUAUCUUGCUCCAAAAGAGAAUCAAAUUUUCCUGGAUAUGACAUAUGGAGCUGGAGGCCAUUCAAGAAAAAUUCUGGAGAAGUCGCCCAAAGUCAAAGUCUUGUGCCUGGAUCGAGACCCUCUUGCCUGUGACCUUGCAAAGAAAUUACAAGAAGAAUAUCCUGGUAGAGUGAUCCCUUUACUUGGAAAAUUUAGUGAAUUACCUAAACUUCUUGCAAACAUUAAGGUGCCUAAAAAUAGCUUGAAUGGAGUGUUGAUAAAUGCCCAAUUCGACCACAUCACAGUGACUGAGGUUACAAACUACAUACAACAUAGGCACAUACUUCUCCCAGAGAACACCAUCAGACUAAACACACUCUCAGAGGACAAUCCCCUCUCCACACCAAUAAUACCAGAGGAAAUAGUAAACACAAUCAAACGCACCAAAAACACAGCACCAGGAGAAAGCAACAUAAGCAAAACAGUCAUUGAACACCUUCCACUGAGAAUGAUCAGCAGACUAUGCCAUAUCUUCAAUGCAGCACUGACAACAAACAUCAACACCUUUGAGCACCACUGGAAAACAAUCAUAAACAAAUUCAAACUUAUACCCAUAGCACAUAGAAAUUCACAACCAAUCACAGCCAACAACACCAAUAUUCCAUACACUCGCAUAGGAAACAUUCUCAGAUUUCACUUCACAACCACAGGCUUCACAUCACACAUCACACAAAGAAUCACACAAGCACACACAGCACUCAUCAAACUCAGACGCUUCUCAUGCUGCACACUACAAACAAAGCUAAGACUCUAUAAAACAUCUGUCAGACCUAUUCAUGAAUACACACCUGGCCCACUGAUAGCAAUAUCUAACUCACAAAAGCUCAAAAUGCAAUCUGUAAAGAACAAAGCUCUACUCUGGCUGCACAGCCAACAUCAUAGACACACGCACAAACCACACCUGGUGACCCAGAACAUGAACAUUCACACAAAACAUAACACCUCCUCCGAUAGCUAUGGCAACGGGUCAGUCAAGCUACCAGCUGCUCAGUCCCAAGGUGCACACAUCAUAACCCUCGAUCAGAGGCAGACUGGUACACGAGUUGUCUGCGAGAACAAGCAGCAACAACACCUAGAACAAGAUCACAAGCUCUGCAAACCAGCCAGGGUGUUGAUAUGCUAUCAGCCCAAAGAACAGCUACUUGCCAAGGACAUGUACUCCCCCCACCCUGACUUUAUCAAAGCCCCACUUUGGGUUCUGUUUUCCUCUUUAUCCAGAAAUUCUGGCCAGAUUACUGCUGCCAGCAUAUUGCAACACAUAGAUGAAGACAGUCUUUACAAAGUUCUGAAGUUUUAUGGAGAAGAAAAAAAUUCUCGAAAGAUUGCCCGGGCCUUGGUUGAAUCAAGAUAUAUGUUCAGGAAGCUAGAUACAACAAAAGAGUUAGCAGAGUUAGUAAUGUCUGUGGUUGGCCAAGAGUAUAGAUUAGACAAGUUGCAAAGGCCUUCUCACCCAGCCACGAAAACAUUUCAGGCACUUCGGAUCUUGGUCAAUAAUGAAUUAAAUGAACUUGAUUAUGGCCUAAGAUUAGCUCACUACUAUCUGCAACCAGGAGCAUCUCUUGUUGCAAUUUCUUUCCAUUCACUUGAAGACACAAUUAUAAAGCGACAUAUAACUGGUAUGGACAUCGAUAAAACACCAUUAUCUAUUGGCUCAGGUGUGGGAAAACACCGAAGUUCCUUGUCAACUUAUUCAGCAGUCGAGAUGGAAAAUAUGAUGAAGAAACCAUGGGCACCACUUGACAAGCAUGUAAUCUUACCCUCAGAAAGAGAAGUUCAGAAAAAUCCUCGAUCUCGGUCUGCAAAACUGAGGGCUGCUAGGAAAUGUUAAUACUACUAGGAACUUGAAAUUGGCCCAUAUUUUAAUAAAAUUGAUCAUGCUAAAGUGUUGCUUGUACUAAUCAGUGGUCCCUGAUUAUUCAUUGCUAAUUUUAUUGCCAAUUAUGUACAGAAUAAUUUGUAAUGGCAGUCUUGUAUUUGAAUAUGUAGUAUACAGGAUAUACCUUUUCCAUCACAUGGAUUAGGAAUUAAACUGAAAGUUGUAA